UACUGUCGACUGCUGUCGAUGGUUAAUGCAGUGUUUUAAACAAUUAUAAUGCAGAUGUGGUGAUAUGGAUAUAAAAAAAAAAUCUCUCAAUAAUGAACGGAAUUUUAGAUUAAUAUCAAGCAGAAGAAAUUUGUUACACAAAUGACUUCCAGAAAUAGCAAUGAAAUGUUUUCCGGCAAUAUCGAAACGAACUAUGUUUAUUUAUUUCACAUUAUUGUUUCUAUUAUACUUAUUCUAUGCUCUGAAUACAUGUUUAGUUGACGAAAAAAAGCUCACACAAAAAUAUUUAUUUAUAAAGCGACACAUAUCGAAUUAUAAAAAUGUGCCUGUGCGGUUUGCUUCACUAUUAGGGUUUCAUUUCGGCGAAGUUAAUAAAUAUAGAAUUAGUCCGGUACCGAUAAAAAGACUGCCGGAUGCCUUAAUCAUCGGAGUUAAGAAGUGUGGUACACGAGCAUUGUUAGAAUUUUUAAGAUUGCAUCCAGAUGUUAGGGCGGCAGGAUCCGAGGUGCAUUUCUUUGACAAAUAUUAUCAUAAGGGUUUCGAAUGGUACAGAAACAAAAUGCCACCAACCCUUGAAGGGCAGAUUACCAUGGAGAAGACCCCAUCAUACUGGGUAACGAGAUCGGCGCCAAGGCGGGUGUACGCAAUGAAUCCGUCAGUCAAGUUGCUAGCAGUAGUGAGGGACCCAGUUACUAGAGCGAUCAGUGAUUACACACAAUCAGCAAGUAAAAGACCAACGCUCCCCCGUUUUGAAGAUCUGGCACUAGUGAACAGUACAGUGGGCUGGGGUGGGAUCCCGUCUGUGGUGGAUGCAACCUGGCCGCCUGUCAGGUUGGGUAUUUACGCUCGUCCCCUGCGCCGUUGGCUUCGAAGAUUUCCCAGGACGAGGCUCUUGUUGAUUAGCGGGGAGAGGCUCGUGGCUGAUCCUGCUGCUGAGAUGGCUAGAGUGCAGGAGUUUCUUGGUCUGAAGCGCGUGAUCACCGAGAAGCAUUUCUACUUCAACUCUACCAAGGGUUUCCCGUGUCUUCUCAAAUCUGAGAGUCGGUCUACUCCCCACUGUCUCGGGAAAACCAAGGGCAGAAAUCACCCGCACAUCGACCCAACAGCCCUAGAGAGGUUAAGAGAUUUUUAUAGGCCAUUUAAUGAAAGAUUCUAUCAAAUGUCAGGUAUUAAUUUUGGUUGGCCGUGAUAUCCUAGUAUUCCAUUGGUUAUCAUAUUAGAAGGUAAAAUAGAAGGAAGGAGAGGAAGGGGAAGGCCAAGUAACCUGAUGUAAGACCAAGAAAAUGUUGAGACCAAGGAAAAAUUUGGUGUCGUGUCGUAAAAAGAGGUGAAGAAACUCGCUGAAAAUCGCAGUAAGUGGCAAGAGCUCCACCAACAAGAGCGUAUCUCUUAAAUAAUAAAGGAAUACAAAGUACAAUGGUUAGAUACACACAGGUAAACAGGUAAUUUAAUUCCUAAUAUUACUUUAAUUUCUUACAUUUAGAAAUAAUCACCGACUUUAUAUAAUGAUAUUAUUGUAGCUCUCAAUUGAGUUACACAAUCUUUAUAUUGUCAAAUUGACAGCGAUUUUGUAACUUGUCAAUUAAAUAUAUAUUUCUCAAUGUUCAUUUAAAAAAUGGUGCAAACUAAAAUGACAACUAACAUGAACUAAUUAUAUAAAAAGACUUUAUGUAUGUUUGUUUUUAAAGGAUAAAAAUAUUUUUUUUUACUUUAUCAGAAAGUAACAUGUACUUAUUAUUUAUUACAAAAAAAUCUGCGGAGCCAGUCUUUAACAUAGUAAAUAUGAAAUUUUGCAAAGAUAUUUGAAUAUUUAUUACUAAAUUCAAUUUCAACAGCUCGAAAGAUUUUAAUUAAUGUAUGUAAUUCCAUACAGAUAGACGUAAAAUACUUUUUAUCUUAUUUUACAACGGCAAAGUUGUAUGAUACAGUAAAGCAUAAAAUAAUAUUAAUUAAAGCAUAGAUAUAAUAUUUAAAUUAAACGUAACUAUGUACUUAGUUAAAAGUCAAGCGUGGCAUCUACUGACCCCAAUAAGGGGAGGCCUAUGUCCAGAAGUGGACAGUUAACGGCUGACAUGAUGACUUGCUAAAUUAUUACUAUUGUAAGAUCACUUUUUCUCUGAGAUAGAAAUAAGUGGAAAUAUCAAUGUUUUAUGUUCUUAUAUAACAUCUUGUAGGUAUGUACAUAUAAUUAGAUAGUAAAUGUAGCCGCUUUCCAGUUCCUAGAGCAAAUAAUUGUUAAGUGUUCCAUUUUUUAGUAUAUAAAUAAUUUUUUGAAACUUUUGUACUUCAUAAUUUAUACGAUUAUGAAGUUGCAUUCUAUUUAAUUGUAAUGUCUCCAUAGGUCAAACAUCUAGAUGGAGAGUUGAGUGUCAAAAAAGGGCUAGCCAAUAUUAUCGCUUGAGGCGUUGUUCAUACUGUACAAAAAUACUUUUAAACAUUUUAUUUAUGACUAGCGGCCACGGGUUUAACAUGGGUGG